AUGUCGCAGCAGUUCAUCCCUCUGUCCGACCUGGUGCCCCGCCCCGCCCCUCUGCGCUCGUGGGAACGGGUGCGAGUUUCACAGCCGGUGAACUGGGUUAUCGAGCUGAUCGCUGAAGCGACCGGGACGUUCAUUUACACCUACGCGGGGGCCGGCGCCACCGCUGCUUAUGUUCUAGGCAACAUCCUCAAGGUAGAGGGCCUCAGCAAUGUAUUCCAAAUUGGGUUGGCGUAUGCGGUCGGCAUCGCGCUCGCGCUCAUCAUUUGCUGGAGUUUGACGGAUUGGUUGAACGCCCAGCCAACGUCUGCCGGUUACUUCAGUCCUGGGUACAUCAUCCACGCCAUGAUUUUCAAGGGAUUCAACCCUUGGAAAGGACUGCGGUACAUCAUCGCGGAAAUCUUCGGGGCCUACAUCGCGUGCUUGUUGGUCUACGUUCAGUACAAAGUCCUCAUCCACGAAGCGGUCGACGCUCUGAUCGCGGCAAACCUAUACGACGCGCUGAUGUUCACACCCAGCGGCCCGGGAGGAAUCUUCGGCCUGUACGUUAGCCCCGGAUCGGACCUCACCCAAGUCCUCCUCAACGAGUUCGUCUGCGACUUCGUGCUCGGCCUCGCCGUCUUCUCCCUCACCGACCUCUCAAACCCGAUCACCACGCCGUCCAUGAUGCCCUGGGCCAUCGCGCUGUCCUACGCGGUCUUCAUCUGGGGCUUCUCCCCCGUCGGGCUCGCCGCGAACGCCGCGCGCGACGUCGGCGGGCGCCUCGCGGCGCUGACGCUCUUCGGGCGCGGGGCGGCGGGCGGGUCCUACGCGGCGCUCGCGGCGCUGACGAACAUCCCCGCGACGCUGCUCGCGGGCGCGUUCUACGAGCUCGUGCUCGCGGACUCGGCGCGCGUCGUGCACGACGGCGUGCGCUGGCGCAUGGGCGAGAGCGAGCGGGAGAGCGUGGGGAGCGUCGAGAAGGCGAGCGUCGAGCGGGCGUAG